GCCCGGCUUGGGGGGGUCACAGCCUUUCUAGCCCGGCCCGCGGGGGGAGCCGCCUCCUGCUGUGUAGCGCCUCUGUAAUAGACGCGAUGCCCCUCAGCAGGGCAGGACCUGCUCAUUCGCCUCCAAGCCCGGGACCCGAGACGCUGCUCUGGCUACAGUCGCUGAGGCGAAUUUGCCUCAGCGCCUCCGAUCUGCGACUGUUCGUUGGCCGCUGGCGGCACGAAGCGAGCUAAGAGCCCCCCUGGCUGUGGGCCGCUUUGCCCAGCUUGGCCUCGGCUAGGCCGUGCUGCGUGUUUACCUUCUGAACCACUAGAGCAGCACGCCAGCCUCGGGCCUGGAACAGCUCACGGGAGUGACCGAAAGUUCGCCUCAUUUCCUGUUGUGGAACCGACGCUUCGGGCUGAGUAGGAAGCUUGGGGGUUGAAGGAGCUUAUAUUUUGAACCACAAAACCUGACUGCUCCUUGCGGCUCUUAUUUAAAGGGAGCCAUUGGUUCAAGUGCUAGCUCCAUGAGUGAGACAGCGGUUGUGGAAGUGAAGUGCCAAGUGGUAUGAGACACAAGCAGCUCUGCCACAUGGUAAUCAAUGAUACCAUGGUGAAAAUGAUUGUUUUUGGCCUGUGCCAACUUUUUUCUGCAGUUGCUACCAUUGGAACUACACCUCUUGUAGACAAAUGAUUGUGGGCAAGGUCAAGAUUUCAAAAGAGAGUCACAUUCCCAAGGUCCUGAAGUUGUGAUUGCCAUGCUCAGGUAUUGAUGCGCAUAUGCACAGCUGUUUAAAAUGGCAGAGGGAGGUGGCAACGAAGAGGUAAUUCACCUGAACAGUUUCCGUAGCCACAGUGGGAAAGACUGGAUAAACAGGAGAGAUGAAGGACUUAUCACCAUAUCGGACUCCUCAGAUGAAGAAUUACCUUUGUUGCUAGACGGGCCUGUUCAGCAGCGGCAGGAAGAAGACGACGACGAUGUAGUCAUCCUGGUGGAGACCCCAAAACAGCAGAUUCCACGUCCCAAUGUCAUCAGAUCUGCUGCACAGUGGCAAGGUAUGAAGCAACUGGGAGAAGUAUCUAAGGGUGACAUGGCAUUGAAGAGUUUGCAUCUGCAACCAGGGAUUCGUCCUUUUGUGGUGUGCCAGAGAGCCCAUUGUAACCACAUGGGGGAGAAUGGUGCGGGGCCAAGCAGAGACCAGAAUGGAAAUCAUGCCUCGCAGCUGCCUGGACCCUCUGAACACUGUAGGCCCAGGGUUGAAAGAGGAGGUGAUUCAGAGCCUGGGCCAAGUGUGGUUCAAGCAAUAAAGACAAGUCCACGACCCACUGGUGAAAGGGAGAUAAUCAACCUGGAGGAAGCUGGCUUCCUACCUAUAUGGGAGGAAAAUCUGGAAGUACAGAACCAGGAGGAUGAAGUCUUGGAUCAAGAGCUCUUACAAAACCUCAGAGGAGCAAUUGCUGCUGCAGCAGCAAGCAGACAGGCCACCAGAGACAACAGUCGGUUGGAUCAUCCUUAUUUCCAGCCUGUAGACAAUGAGCCACAUACUGUAGCAAGCUGUUGUGCUCCGCAGCAAGGGCAGCCUGAAGCAGAACUGGGAUCUUUGCUAAGGGCAUACCGGGAGGAGAACCCUGGGCCAGCCUUUCCCAGACCUGAACCACAACAGGAUGGGAUUCCAGGCCCUGCUUCCCCUCAACCAGCUCAUCCCCCAGAGGAAAUAAGAGGCCAGUGGGCAGCAAUAGACAAUGAACAGCCAGGCCCAGCCUUCCCUGCACAGGGAUCACAUGAGCCUGGCUCUGGUAAUGUUCCAGAGCAAGGAGCUGCUGGGCAGGACGAAGACCUCACUGCCCUGCUCAUCAAAGAAACAGAAGCAAGAUUCCCAGAUGUGAGGAAAGAGUAUGUUGAGGAAUUAAUUCACAUCAAGAAUUGCUAUGACCUAAAUGUACUUUGUAAUUUUCUUCUGGAAAAUCCAGAUUAUCCAAAGAAGGAAGGCAGAGUGGUUUUAAAUCCCAAUAGCAGCCUGCUCGCCAGCCAAGAUGAGACAAAGGUGCCUAAAGUGGACUACUUUGACUUUUCCAAACUCGCCCCGCUUGACCAACGAUGCUUUAUCCAAGCAGCUGACCUCCUUAUGGCCGACUUCAAAAUGCUGAGCAGUCAAGACAUCAAGUGGGCACUACAUGAACUCAAGGGACACUAUGCAAUCACACGAAAGGCCUUUUCUGAUGCCCUCAAAAAAUGGCAAGAGCUGUCUCCUGAAAACAGUGGGAAGCGAAAAAGGAGGAAAGAAAUGAACCAGUUUUCCUACAUUGAUUUCAAAUUUGAGCAAGGUGACGUUAAAAUUGAGAAGCGGAUGUUCUUCUUGGAGAACAAGAGACGGCACUACAGGUCCUAUGAUAGACUCUCGCUUCUCCCACCCGUGCAACUGGAGCAGGAGUUCUAUGAACAGAAAAUUAAAGAGAUGGCAGAGCAUGCAGACUUCCUUCUUGCCCUGCAGAUGAACGAGGAGCAGUAUCAGAAGGAUGGUCAGAUGAUCGAAUGUCGUUGUUGCUAUGGGGAAUUCGCAUUUGAGGAACUGACACAGUGUGCAGAUGGUCACUUGUUUUGCAAGGAGUGCCUAAUCAAAUAUGCUCAGGAGGCAGUCUUUGGCUCUGGGAAGUCAGAGCUCAGCUGCAUGGAAGGGAGCUGCACAUGUUCAUUCCCGACCAGUGAGCUGGAGAAGGUACUCCCAGAGAACAUCCUUUGUAAAUACUACGAGCGGAAAGCUGAGGAAGAGGUGGCUGCUGCCUGUGCAGAUGAGCUAGUCAGGUGUCCUUUCUGUAACUUCCCUGCGCUCCUGGACAAUGAUGUGAAGCGGUUCAGCUGUCCCAAUCCUCGCUGCAGGAAGGAAACCUGCAGGAAGUGCCAGGGGCUAUGGAAGGAGCAUAUGAAUCUCACCUGUGAACAGCUGGCUGAGAAGGAUGACAUAAAAUAUCGAACAUCUAUAGAAGAAAAAAUGACUGCAGCCCGAAUUAGAAAAUGCCAUAAGUGUGGGACUGGCCUAAUUAAAUCUGAGGGUUGCAACCGCAUGUCCUGUCGUUGUGGUGCCCAGAUGUGCUACCUCUGCCGAGCCUCUAUUAAUGGGUAUGACCACUUCUGCCAACACCCUCGAUCACCAGGGGCCCCUUGCCAGGAUUGUGCAAAAUGCUCUCUCUGGACCGACCCCACGGAAGAUGAUGAGAAGAUUAUCCAGGAGAUUCAGAAGGAGGCUGAAGAGGAGCAAAAGAAGAAAAAUGGAGAAAGCAGUUUCAAGAGGAUUGGCCCUCCUGUGGAAAAGCCUGUGGAGAAAAUCCAGAGAGUUGAAGUCAUCCCAAGACCAGUCCCUCAGAACAUCCAUCAGCCCCGAAUGCCCCCUUAUCCCUUUGUGCAUCCACCCUUCCCGCUGCCUCCUGUCCGCCCAUUGUACAACAACAUACCCCUGAACAUAGGACCCAUUCCUGCCCCAUAUGUGCCUCCACUGCCUAACAUGCGGGUGAACUACGAUUUCCCCCAGAUUAAUGUUCAGCUGGAGCACAACUUGCCUAUGCACUUUGGUCCACAGCCUCGGCAUCGGUUCUGAUUUGGUUCAAACAGCACUAGUAAUGGAGUCUGCAGGGAGAAGCCAUGCUGGCACCACCACCACGCUCCCCUCUUCACCCUCUGUCCCCGUGCAGCUGGGGAGCAGAUCUAGAUUCCCCUCCCCCACACACACAGUAUUUAAGGCUUCUAGGAUGUUUAAAUCUUUGUAAUUCAGCAUUUGAUUCUCUUGAAUCUUCUAACUGUGUUGCACAGCCUUUGGAGCAGUAAGAGGCUGCACAGUUCAGGCCUGGGGAUCUCUGAAGGUCCUUCUGUUUCACAAAGGCUGUUCAGGGAAGUGAGGGAAGUGAUGCUGUGUGGGCAUGUAGCCAUUCAGUCCACGCCUUGUGCCAAAAACUUACCUUCCUGUCUGCAAAAGCGGCCCUCCUCCUUAAUGUGAAGGCUAGCUGGAAGGGAAGAUGAUGUGGGGAGGCUUGAAAUUAUUCAGAUGCUGGUAAUAAGAUUCACCUGUGUCUUCCUUCCUUCACACCUUGAUAAUAUUGAGGGAAAGGAGUGAAUUUGAGCAUCGGGACUGAUUAUCCCUCGGAGAAUAGUCCCAAAUUUUUACUGUAAUCUGUGAUAGCCCUGACAGACAGGAAUCUGUACAAGCAAAUCUACAACCAUUUUGCUUAGCCCAGAAGCCCCUGUCCUGGUGAGAGUCCAAUGCUAGGAGGCAGAAGCCAUCUUGCUGCGAAGUACCACUCAUGCCACUGCACAGCAGCUCAAAGAAAGAGGCUACAAACCACUGGCUUAGUAUUGUAAACCACAAUUUUCAGAAGUGAUGCUCCAUUUGGAGUGCCUAGCGUGAGACACCUUAAAGGGGCAUGAUUUUUCAGAGGACGAGUGGCCAAUACUUCCUGAAACACGGGGUCCUUUUCAGUGUCUCAAGUUGGACACACACAAUCACUGGUCAUUUAUUGAAAUCUUGGUUAUAACAAUUGGUAGAAACAUACAGAUUGUUCAGAAGAUAAAUGUUAAGGCCCAGAUUCAGAGUCGCAUAUGGGCUAAACUGCAUGCCCCCAGCUGCAGUAACCGAUCGGGCACCCUUAGUGCUGUUGUGCGUACAAGCCUGGUAGUUAUACACACACUGUGCACACAUCCGACUCUGAAAACCUGGGCCCAAAGCUUUUCAGCCAUGUUUAAAUCACUUUAAAAUGGGCUGGAAACUGAUUUGCAGAGACGCUGUCAUUGUUAGGGUACAGCUGCUCUGGAUGGGGAGGCGGACUUUCCAGUGGGUGCAGACAUACCUCCACUAGUUUGCUCAAGCUAGUGCGCCAAAAAUGGCCAUGUAGCCACAGCAGCAUGAGCAACGGGCUGGGUGAGCUGCCCGAGCAUGUGUCUAGAGUCUCGGAUGGGAGCAUUCUCAGAGCAGCUCGCCCAUCCUGCUGCUAAUGCCACCGCGGCUACAGUAGCUCAAUCAGAGGUGGUGUGAGUAUGUCUAAGCGAGCUGGAAAUUACAUCUCCAGUUCCAGUGUAAGCAGCAAAAUACUGCUUUCGACACAUUUAAUAAACUUCUGAAAAAAUUAGCUUGGGAAGACUUCAAACUGUAAUACUGCUGAACUUAGCCAAAGAGGUGCUUAGGAGAAACCGUUCUCCUUUAAGAAGCAAUGUGGCGAACUCUGUUGGCAAUCAGGCUCACUCCUGCUUUACCUGUGACCUGAGUUGAGUAGCCUCUGGCUGGCUUGAACUGGGAGCAGUGUGUGACUCUGGGGCAGUAUUGUGGUCUGGCUGCAGAUGAAUAAGCCAAGUGAGGGAUGUGAUAAAGAGAAGGAUGGGGUGGAAGGCUUGAAGCUGCCUGCGUCAAAUGGGUAAAUUUUAUGCUAGAGCUGCAGCUUUGCAGGCACAAGCCUCUCCCCUCCGCCCCACACACACACACUUGCUAUAGUUACUGGUAGGAACAGAGCUCUUCUUAAAAAAUGGGUGGAGGGUGAGACUAUCAGAAUAUCCUUCCAUUAAUGCAGUCGUCUGGUUAAAAAAACCAACCACUUCAUCACACAGUUGUCCCCCAAACUGUUUGGUAUUUGUUGUUGUUGCUGUUAGGAACCAGAUCAAAUUAAUCUCCCCUCUUUUGAUUUCCCUCCCUGGAAGUUAACACCCAGGAUUUCUUUACAGGUGUCUCUGCCUUGCCUCGCUAAUCUGUCAGAUUGGCCCUAUCUCUGCAAGCACCAUCUCUUUGGGCAUUGAGCGGGCAGUGACCCAGGGCAGUGUGAAGUCUGUGACUGGCAGCUGCAGGAGGCACCAGGAGGAAGGCACAUGAGGGUGGCUGCCUGUGCUGUCCUGGGUAGGGUGUCCUCUCGGGAGGAAUAUGGCAGCGAGCAAUACCUGGCUGGGCUGUGAGCAGGACAUUGCUAUCAGUGGUGGGAUAGUCUCCAGGAGGACUUUGCCGCGUGGAUGUUUUCGUACUUUUUGGAGCUGAUACAAUUUCUGCACUCCCAGGUGUUAUGUAUAGGCCAAGAGGUGUCCUGGUCACUGUUCCAGGUUGUCAAGUGCCAUUGCCAACGUAGAGUUGUUAACCACACCGUUAACUAUUUGUUGACAUUACUGCUAAGACUUUUUAAUUUAAAGAACUAGCCUAGGGGACGUAGUGGCUUACCGAAUGCUGCUCAGCUGGUUAUUAUUCAGGUUUAAAUCUGCACCUUAUACCGCACAAUCCCCUCAGUAGCCAUGGGCAGGCAUGUUGACACACUGGGACGGGGACGGAGGGCAGAUUGGGUCUGUGCAUUUCCUAGCCACUUCUGCAGUUUCUUGUAGUUUGGUUGAAAGGGCUCAGCCACAUGCUUUCUCCUUCGAGAGGCUCCCGCAGCGCGGAGGCAGCUGUGUAUGCAGAGCGAGUCCUACCACUUCAUACCCUGCUUCAAGAACAAGUCUGGAACAUGCCAUCCCUCCCGCACCUCGUGCACAGGGCGGAGCUCCUGCCUUCCCUCUAACUGGUCAGUGCCCACACUGGAGAUGGAGCUUAGCUUUGUGUCUCAUCUAAUUGAAUCAAGGAGUAGUACCCCGGGCUGCCAAUCCACCUCAGCUCUCACUCCAGAGGUGGUGCUCUGCUUGCUAUACUGUGACCCAUCUAGCCAAUUAAGGAGUAAGGCUAAUGUAUUUCAGAAGGAGUCUCUUCUUCUUUUCCUCACUCAGCUGGGAGGCUAGCGGCAUGAUGCUGGGUCUUAAGGAAGUAGUUCAAUCAGGCAUCCAGGAGUGCCAGGAUGGGGUGAAUUUUGCCUUUGUCAGCUGACCCUUCACUUUUUCCUGAGAGACGAGCAGAAAAGCCCUGACCCGUAAUACUGGAUAGUCCAUUGUCUGGUUUUACAAAGUGUAAAGAAAAAAGAGGUCAAAUCCCUUGGGAGGGUUGGGGGUUUUUUUGUUUGUUUUUUAAAGUAAUAGAAACAGCAGCAUGAGCAUGGGUACAGGAGAGCCUAGUCGGUGUCUCCUGUAGGAUGCUUCAGACAUGUAUUGCUAACAGCUACAUCUCUAAGCAGCAUGGAACAUCCUCUGACUAAGGGCUGCUGCCUUUGUAGAACGCUCAUCUCAUAGGCUUCUUCAGUCUGAUAAAUUUAUCUGGAAUCAUGUUGGAAGUGAUGAGGUUCAGUUUCUCAUUGUGAGAGGGGAGGACACUAGCUGAAACAGCUUGUUGGCUUAGGAACUGGCUUCAGCUGACAUCCUAAAGAACAUCUAAAGAAAGUACUUCCCCUGGCAGGAUGCUGGUGGUGGUGCUGGUACAGCUAAUAGGAGUAUUUGAGGAACGAGAGCUUGGGAAAUCUUGAUCACUGCGCUGGCUUUCCAAACCCUGGCCGUGGCCUUUAUCCAAACAAACCUGGCCCAUCAGUCAGUCUGCUGCCUCCUCAUCGCCAGUCAUGUACUUCCUAAAUAAAGCAAUUGCUCUUUGAAAGCCUCAGAUGAAGCAGAUACUAAUUCUAAUACCCAGUGCCUUUGGGGAGUCUCUGUCAUUCAUUCUUCAAGUGUAUUGCACAGGGACUCUCCAAUACUCUGCUUGUCAAGCACAGUUACUGUUCCUUCAAAUCCAGUUAAAUAUAAAUUGCUUUUCCCUAUACUUCCCCCUAUUCCUGCAUGUGCAGUUACAGUAGAAGAGACUAUUUGGGGAUGAUUUCAUAGCAGGAAGCACUCUCCAGUUAAAAUGUGAGGUUAUGAAUCUUUGGCCAUAUGUGCGUGUCUCUCUCCAUAGAUACAAUAGACUCUUACAGUGAACAUCUAUCACCACACUAAAGAGCUGGAAACGACGAGACCCACCGCUCACAGCUGAGCCAUAUCUUUGAAGUGGGUGGUGGUACCAACUCUGUAAUUUUUGUUAGGUUUAAUUUUAUAGUGUCUGGCCAAUUUGGGUGGAAAGAUUCAAUUUUAUACAGUAGUUACAACUUUUUUUAGUUCCCCUGUGUCAGUCUGAGUUCAGCAAAACUGCUUGGACAGCAUGAGCUUUUGGAUUCUACUGUACUGUACCAAUCACUCAAGCAAAUUUCAGCCUCAGUGCUUGACCAUAGACUAGCAAAUGGCUAUCACCAUGCAAAAAUAGAAGUGGUGUGGCCAUUUGCACACAGCCAUAUUGAAACCCUAGAGUGUAGACCAUUACAAAAAUAAUGGCCUGGCUCAAAGUCCUGGCUUUCGUAUGUUUUUUAAAGUAUAUAUAUAUUAGCCUGUGCGGGGAAAGGCUGGAAAUGGGAGGAGAGGCACUAGGCAGAGUAACCAAGGGAGGUCAGUGUCUGUACUACUGCUUCUUCGUUAAAGGUAAGCACUGGUUCAUGCUGCAUGAGCAAACUUUGUACCCUCUGGAUUUGAUGGUGCACGGCAAGCCUCCUGACUCCCAUCUCCAUGCCAAAGGGAAGCAGGGUUCCCCCUAGGUAGCAUUUGGGGAAGUUGUGGUGAGGCAUCCUCGCUGAGAUGUUCCUGUAGUCUGUGCGUGCUGGAUGUCUCUCUCCAUUGGAGGUCCUAGAGCAGCCCUGCUGAGGGGAAGGAGAGAAUUAUUUCUCCUGUCAUAUUGGCGAGGGCCCAUUUUGUGUCUGUGAGGAGAGAAAUCAGUGCCUAUUGUAUGAAACCACCAUCAAGUCCUCUGGGCAGCUACAGGCAGUCCAGAGAGAUCUGCUCAGCUCUUCACACAGCAUUUCACCUUUCAGUCCUUUCUGGCUCUGUGAUGGGGCUCCUGUCACAAAGGAAGCUCUUGACUAGGAAUUGCCCUGCAGAGAAAUGUGAGGCCUCUCCUUCCCUGUCAUCCUAACUGGUGAUUUUAGAGCCUUCCAUUCUCUUCUAGCAUCAGUUGGGUUAAUGGGGAUGUUUCUCAGCUUAAAGAACAAACCAUUUCCUGCGCAAUUAAAAACAGAAAAUUCCAUGUUUUGGACUUACCUGGUGUUUUUAUGGGUACAUCUACCCUGCAAAAUAAGACCCACCACAGCAAGACUCAGAGCUUGGGUCAACUGACACAGGCUCUCAGGGCUCAAAAUAGCAGAGUAGCUGUCCAAACAUGGGCUGGAGGCCAGGAUCUAAGACCCCCUUGCCUCACUGAGUUUCUGAGCCCAGGCUCCAGCCCGCACCUGAACAUCUACACUGCUGUUUGAAAUCCCGAGAGCCUGAGCUCUGAAAGUUGCUUCUGCAGGCCUUUUUACAGGGUAGACAUACUCUGCCCCCUUCGAAAACCCCAAUGUUCUUCAAAGAGAGGCAGGGGAGGUGUGUCUUGUGGGCCCACAUCGAUGUUAUGACUGGUACUUUUUUAUGAUUAAUCGCAGUAUCCUAUUUUACUUGCCUUAAAGGUGGAGAGAGAAAUUUGGUAUUUGCACUUAGCAAAAUGUUGUAUUAAAAUAACCCAACCUUGUAAAGACAAAUUGUGCAUGUUCUGCAACUUUGUAUAACAAUAGCCGAAAAUGAAUAGGUGGUUUAUUAAAAAAAAAAAAUAUUUUUCUUUACCCUCUGGUAGAAAACUGUUCUAAUUCUGUGUGUAAAAAGUCCCUGUAUCAUACUGUAAUUUGAAUUUUUUUGUAAAUAAAUUUUGUGCACUCUGGUUUUCA